AUUGAAUAUUUAAGUGGCUCUUGUAAUUUGAACACCGCGAUAGCUUCCAUCAAUCGCAAACUUCAUUUUCACCUCACAACCUUCUUCCACCUCUGUUUUCUCCGCCUCAUUUAUUCAUAUUUCUAAGCUUUCGUAACAAACAUCAUUAACUAAUUUCAGUUAAUGGAACUUCAAUUAGUUCAAAACGGUUUCGAUUAUGUCCGCAAAAGAAAGAAAUGGACCCUCAUCUUACUUGCAGUAGGGUUCACCAGUUACGGUUGUUACAAAGCUUAUCACGCACCUUUCCUAGCUCAAAAGCGUAAGAAUUUUUCUAAGCUACUGAAUUCAUUGGUUUCUGUAGCAGAAGCCGUUUCCGAUUCUGCUGAUACCAUUGGUAUUGUCACCAAAGACGUGAAGGAUUUUUUACAAUCCGAUUCUGAUCGAGUUCCGAAUAGUUUGAAUCAAAUCUCCAAAUUGUCGGCCUCGAAACAGUUUUCGGAUUCUUUGGUUAGUAUUGUGACCUCCGUGACUGUCGGAGUCUUGCGCGGUUAUCAAACCAUGAACCGGAGCGAUGAAAUUCAUCAGUCCGGUUCUGGUUCAAGUGUUGCGGACAAGGUGUUUGAUAAAAUGUUUACACCGGCUGGUUCGGGUUUUGCUUCUGCUGUUAUUGGAAGCUUUGCUAGGAACUUAGUUAUUGGUUUUAAUUCGGAUGCCAGUGGAAAAUCAAGUUCAAGUAAUGCCGAUAAUGGUUCCAAUUCUGAUCAUGUUGUUCCGGAAUGGGUUGAUGUUGUUUGUGGUGAUAAAUGUGGGGAACUAAUUGGGAAUUUAGUUCAAGUGUUUGUUAGUACGUUGGUUGCUGUUUAUCUUGACAAAACCAUGCAUAUCAAUACUUAUGAUGAUUUCUUUUCGGGGUUAACUAAUCCGAAAAAUGAAACUAGAGUUCGAGAAAUGUUGGUGGAUGUUUGUAAUAGUGCCAUAGAGAGUCUUGUCAAAACGUCUCACCAGGUGUUUAAUAGCUCAAAUCCGGAUGAUAGUUCUGGGGCAGUUUCUUGUUUUGGUAUCGAAGAAACUCCAAGUUCUGUAGAGAUAUCAUGUGCUGAAUCGAAAGGUGAUGUUUGUGAUGAAGAGAAUGAAAGUGGUUGGAUCAGCAAGGUUUCAUCCACAUUGGCUAUUCCUAGUAAUAGGAAACUUGUUCUUGAUGUGACUGGGAGGGUCACAUUUGAGACUGUUAGAUCUUUCAUGGAGUUUUUUUUGCAAACAUUAUGUGCUUCUGUGAGAAGAUGUGCUCGUAAUGUUCACGAGGGAGUGGUUGAGAUUAUGAGAUAUGCUGCAGCUAAAUUCUCUGUUAUCUUCAUAAUAUGUCUCUCGUUAUGUUUGCACAUGAUGGAUCGCACUUGGGCUUUGGUGCCUGCUUAAGUGGUGGUUACUAAUUUUCAUAAUAUGUCUCUCGUUGUGCCUGCACAUAAUAGAUAUGAAGAUGAUCGGUAAUUUUAACUAGGAAAUUUUUAUUUUGCUGCUUCAAUGCUUUAAUAUAAUACUGUAUGUCUUUAUAUCAUACACGUAUUAAUUUUGUAAAUAAUAUAGAAAGGUAUAAAGUGACCAUAUACAUGAUACUUCUUGA